UGACAGCAUUAGGGCGCGACGCGCUCGGGGCCGGGCGGCGGCGGGAGCGGUCGUGCGAACGCCUGCAGCGGUAGUUGUGUCCGCGGCUGUGGCCGCAGCCGGGGUCUGCGGACAGGGGCAGCGCGGGCCCGGGCUUCCCGGCCCCUCGCGGCAGAGCCGGCAGCGCCGCGCCCCAGCCGCCGCCCGCCCCAGCCGCCGGAGGGAGUUGGGGUCCGCCGGGCGCGGGCAGGGCCCCGGCCCCCCACCUCCGCGCCUCCCCGGGGGCUCCGCUCCGGAUUUCCAAAUUUACAGGAUGGCUGAACAUUAAUGGAAAGAGAAGCAUAAACUUACUUUCUUUCACUAUGGAUGCAGGUUUGGCAGAUGGAGAACCCGAUCAAACUUCGAUCUUGCCAUAUUCAGAAGUUGCUGAAGUUCAAGAGACACUUCUUGGUGAUAGCAAAGAUGUCCUUGGGCCAUCAACUGUGGUAGCAAACAGUGACGAAUCUCAACUUCUGACACCAGGAAAGAUGAGUCAGCGCCAAGGGAAAGAAGCUUAUCCAACACCAACCAAAGAUUUGUAUCAGACAUCUUUUAGUCCAGCAAGUCCUCAUAGUCAGGGUUUUGAAAGAGGAAAGGAAGACAUUUCUCAAAAUAAAGAUGAAUCUUCACUUUCUAUGUCAAAGAGCAAGUCUGAAUCUAAACUUUAUAAUGGCUCGGAGAAGGAUAGUUCUGCUUCAAGCAAGCUCACAAAAAAAGAAUCUCUCAAGGUGCAAAAGAAAAAUUACCGGGAAGAAAAGAAAAGAGCCACAAAGGAGUUACUCAGUACAAUCACAGAUCCUUCUGUUAUUGUUAUGGCUGAUUGGUUGAAGAUUCGUGGUACUCUAAAGAGCUGGACCAAGUUGUGGUGUGUUUUGAAACCUGGGGUGCUACUGAUUUAUAAAACCCAAAAAAAUGGCCAGUGGGUUGGAACAGUCCUUCUGAAUGCCUGUGAAAUCAUUGAGCGUCCAUCAAAAAAGGAUGGCUUUUGUUUUAAACUUUUUCAUCCUUUGGAGCAGUCUAUUUGGGCAGUGAAGGGUCCAAAAGGUGAAGCAGUUGGAUCUAUAACUCAGCCCUUACCUAGCAGUUACCUGAUCAUCCGAGCCACUUCAGAGUCAGAUGGAAGGUGCUGGAUGGAUGCUUUGGAGUUGGCUUUGAAAUGUUCUAGUCUUCUUAAACGUACAAUGAUCAGGGAAGGAAAGGAACACGACCUGAGCAUUUCAUCAGAGAGCACACAUGUGACUUUGUAUGGCUUAUUACGUGCUAACAAUCUCCAUAGCGGUGACAACUUUCAGUUAAAUGAUAGUGAAAUUGAACGACAGCAUUUUAAGGACCAAGAUAUGUAUUCUGAUAAAUCUGAUAAAGAAAAUGAUCAAGAGCAUGAUGAGUCUGAUAAUGAGGUGAUGGGGAAAAGUGAAGAAAGUGACACAGAUACAUCAGAAAGGCAAGAUGACUCUUACAUCGAACCUGAGCCCAUUGAGCCUUUAAAAGAGACUACCUACACCGAACAGAGCCAUGAAGAACUAGGAGAGGCAGGUGAGGCUUCUCAAACAGAAACUGUGUCUGAAGAAAAUAAAAGCCUCAUCUGGACAUUGCUGAAACAGGUCCGUCCUGGCAUGGACUUGUCCAGGGUGGUUCUGCCUACAUUUAUUUUGGAACCUCGUUCUUUCCUGGAUAAACUUUCAGAUUACUACUAUCAUGCAGAUUUCUUAUCUGAGGCUGCUCUUGAAGAAAAUCCUUAUUUCCGUUUGAGGAAAGUAGUAAAAUGGUAUUUGUCAGGAUUCUAUAAAAAGCCAAAGGGACUGAAGAAACCUUACAAUCCUAUACUUGGUGAGACUUUCCGUUGUUUGUGGAUUCAUCCCAGAACAAACAGCAAAACUUUUUAUAUUGCUGAACAGGUGUCCCAUCAUCCACCAAUAUCUGCCUUUUAUGUUAGUAAUCGAAAGGAUGGAUUUUGCCUUAGUGGGAGUAUCCUGGCUAAGUCCAAGUUCUAUGGAAACUCAUUGUCUGCAAUAUUAGAAGGAGAAGCACGAUUAACUUUCUUGAAUAGAGGUGAAGAUUAUGUCAUGACAAUGCCAUAUGCUCAUUGUAAAGGAAUUCUUUAUGGCACAAUGACACUGGAGCUUGGUGGAAUAGUCAAUAUUACAUGUCAAAAAACUGGAUACAGUGCAAUACUUGAAUUCAAACUAAAGCCAUUUCUAGGUAGUAGUGACUGUGUUAAUCAAAUAUCAGGGAAACUUAAAUUGGGAAAAGAAGUCCUAGCUACUUUGGAAGGCCAUUGGGUAAGUAUUUUUGUAUUUUCUCUUGACAAGAAGACUGAGAACACUGAGGUUUUCUGGAUAACCACAACACCAGACAUUAAGCAGUGGGAAUUCAAGUCUAUUCUAUGUAAAUUUGAUUUGCUUUUUUAAUGCUGUUUGUAUACAUCUACUAGACUCUGGCAGCGGGUAACUCGAGCCAUAAAUGCCAAAGACCAAACAGAAGCUACUCAAGAGAAGUAUGUUUUAGAAGAAGCUCAAAGACAAGCUGCCAGAGAUCGGAAAACAAAAAGUGAGGAGUGGACAUGCAAGUUAUUUGAACUUGAUCCACUCACAGGAGAAUGGCAUUACAAGUUUGCAGAUACUAGACCAUGGGACCCACUUAAUGAUAUGAUACAGUUCGAAAAAGAUGGUGUUAUCCAGACCAAAGUGAAACAUCGCACUCCAAUGGUUAGUGUCCCCAAAAUGAAACAUAAGCCAACCAGGCAACAGAAGAAAGUGGCAAAAGGCUAUUCUUCCCCAGAACCUGAUAUCCAGGACUCAUCUGGAAGUGAAGCUCAAUCAGUGAAACCAAAUACAAGAAGAAAGAAAGGGAUAGAACUGGGAGACAUUCAAAAUUCCAUUGAAUCUAUAAAACAAACACAGGAAGAAAUUAAAAGAAAUAUUAUGGCUCUUCGAAAUCAUUUAGUUUCAAGCGCACCUGCCACGGAUUAUUUUCUGCAACAAAAAGACUACUUCAUCAUUUUCCUCCUGAUUUUGCUUCAAGUCAUAAUAAACUUCAUGUUUAAGUAGAAGUUCCUUACAGUUGAAUUAAUGAACUGGAAUAAUCAGAUUUGGCCUGGGACCAAUGGUCAAGUGGCUUUGGUCUUUAUUAAAAUGUCACAAUAUUUCUAAAACAAAAAUCUUAGAGAUAAAUGUAGAGGUGUUGACCUUUCAUACCUUUUAUUCUUAACCUGGUAUAAGAACUAUUGGUUAUUAAAGUGAGCUAUGUGUUAAGUGCCAGAACAUUUCUAGCUUUUGUGACAAUGUGUUUACAUGUGAAUAUGAUAAAUCCACAUGUACACACAAUUGUGUCUUAUGUAUACCUGACAGUAGUCUUUGUAUUCUAUAGUAUGUUCUGAGAUAUAGCAUUCAUAACAAAUAUUGUCAAUCUUAGGAAAUCUAUAUAGCAAUCUAUUUUCUUCAUAAAACAGGCACAAGACUUUUAUCAAUAAGGAAUUACGGAAUGGGAAUGAUUGCAAAAUAGACAUAAAUAGUUCAAAACACUGUCCUGUUUAAAAAUCAUUUCCAAAGCACCCAGUUCAGUUAUCUUCUUAGAAACAGAAAAAAAAAAAAAAAGUGUAGGCAAAAUUGAUGUACUGAGAGAGACAAGAUGGCAAAUUGCUUUUUUCAAAGUUUACACAUGAUUUUUUUAACCCCUGGAAUUUAAUAUUUAUAGCUACAGGUAUAAAUGUGUGUGUAUGUAUAUCAACAUAAAAAAACUGGUAUGCAGCUAUUUGGACCUAUUGAUUAUAUCUUUCUUAUAUAAUAUACCACCUCAAGCACUUGCUUAAAAGAGUGUGGUCAAAAUUUAUUGCUGUCCUUUUUUCUUAUUUCUGUUUUUUGUAACUCCAUUGGUCCAAUCACUAGGCCAAAUUUUAGAGAUGUUUGUAGGGCAUAUGAAAUUCUGAUAAUUUAUGGGGUUUUUUUCAUUAUGAAAAAUUUAGCUUUUGUUUAGACCCUAGUGUGUUCAGUGAAUGAGUAGAAAAAAAUUAUAACCAAUAUUAUAUUUCAAAAGCCAAAUAAGAGAAAGGCAAUAAGAAAAGACACUUAGUGUGGUACCAUUUAUGUAUACAUUACAAUUGAUUUCUUUAAAAUGUGCAAUAAGUUGAGCAUCUAAGAAGAGCAUCAAGGUCUGAAGUUUAAUUCCUUAUUUGCCUUCUCUGUUCUGAGCAACUUCAUUCUAUAAUAAAACCACGAUUUUUCACGACUUUUUUAUUCAGGCUCAGGCAAACUUUUUCCUAAUUUUUUGAGAGGGAGUUAAUAUUUUUACUUUUGUCAUAAAUAUUUACAGUCCUCAGAAGCAAUUUUUGCAAAUGUAGUUAAGCUUAGGAAGAUAUAUCUCAGAAUCCUGAAAGUAAAGAUUUCAAAAUGGUUAUUAAUGAAUAAAAGUCAGAAUAAUUAUUCUGGCUACUUUUGCCUUUGAGUAAGAAGAGGCUGUGAGACCCUAGUAAGAUUACAAUCAACUAUUUAUGCCAUGAUAAAUAUAAAAUCAAGGAACGAUUGCUAAAUUUAAAAAAUCAAAAGUGAUAAAAAAAAAAAGAGCUGGCUUUUUUUCCCCUAAUCAGUAUACCUAUUUUAAGUAGCCUUAGGUUUUAUGAAGAGCCAUAUCCCAUGUAAUUUUGGCAAAAUAAUGCUCUAUUCCAUAUGUACGUGUGAAAAAAAAUUUUUAAUUGAAAUAUAAGUAAGAUGUACUUAAGCCUUUUAAGUAUAGGUAUACUAUGACUACACAGAACAGGUGGGAUCUGUUUGUAUUUGAGACUUGUCAGUAUAAUUUUUGUACUCACUUUCUGUUACCAAUGUUAUAUGCUCAACUGCCUACUCAUUUAUAUUAUUUUGUAAAUAUUGUACAAUUUGAUCCUUUUUAUGGUUUAAAUUAGUAUUUAUAUCAUAUAUAAAUAAGUUGAUUGGCUGAUCACAAAAAUCAUUUCAUCAUUGAACCUGGAAAACUUAAAAUUUCUUGUUGGUAACCCCCCUUUGGGGUUUUAGUCUUACUCACUUGUGUGUUAUUUUCUUUUGGUCUAAAUAGUGUUUUAUUUGUAUAGGUAUCUUCUAAGACUGGAAAGGUAGUUACUUUUUUUUCUUUUUAAGACAGAUGUUUUGGGUUCUUUACUCAAGAAGUCAAAAACUAUUUCAUGAAAAAGAGCAGGGUUACUCAUGACUGUUUCUUAUACACUGAAAGCAUAGAUCUAAUCUAAUAGUCUUAUGCUUUUGGUUGUAUGAGUUCCUUUCUGUGAACUGAACACAAAACUCAGGAAUCGGUGGCUUAGUUUUAGAUCAGUGCUUGUGCUGGGCUUAGCAUGUGAAUCCUUUAAAACACGUAAUUAACUUUGUAUGUAGCCAUAUAUAUAAUUGACUUUGAAUGUUCUCUACCUGAGAUUAAUAUUCCUUCAAACAUGGAUUCAUAAAAAUUGUGAUUAACAGUUCCCAGUUGUCUGAGAGCCUCAUGAUGGUUUCUAGGAUUUAAGAUCUUACGACCACUUUUUUUCAUUUGAUCAAAAAUUUUAUUUUUUCACAUGAAAAUUUAUAUGCAUUUGUUUAGUUAUUAAAUGUACUAUGCCUUCAGUCAUCCACCAUUUAGUGAGGUGUAGCUGGCCCAGGAAUAGACCAUAAAUGGGGUAUAUGAAACAAGUAAGUCUCAGCAAUAGAUACUUUACUUGUAUUUCAUGUUAGUACUUUUUUGUAUGACUUAUAAAGGUACAGUGUAAUCUUUGUCACCAUUCCAUUGAAGAAGUUGGCCUUGUAAAAUGGAACACUCAUUUAGUAUUCACGCUUUUGUGCCUUUAAGAAAAUACUUUUGUUAUUUUUGUGUUACAGAACUCUACAAUAUGAUUCAAAGUGUUUAUAGGCUUACUUGUCAUAAAGGGUCAUUUCUCUGUGUCAUUUUUAUUUCCUUUUAUAUAGCUAUAGUAUAUUUAAACAGUAAUGCUGUACUUUUAUAAGGGUUUGUCUAUUUAACUAUUUCAGAUACAUUCACUCUCAGACAUCAUUGAAGUAGACUUGUCAGAUUAUUCUGAGUAUUGUAAACAGUGCCUUUUUGAUGGAAUUCACACUGUUUUGGGUGUCCACUUGUGCCAUAUACACAUAAAAUUCUGUAGAAGGCAGUUUUAACUUUUUGAAGAAUAUCUUAGAAUACUUAAGAAAACAAAUGUAAAAAAUUCCGUUUUUUCCAGUGUCUAGCAUUUGUAAUGGGUAAUGAAUAUAUUUUUGGGGUUUUUUUGGUUGAUAUACAGUGAUGAUGGCAAUAUUGAUGAGCCAUACAUGAUGCUGUAGAUUAUUUUGAAUUAUGUUAAAUUAAAUGUACAGAAAUAAAAUACUAAUACUUGCAUUUAUACCAAAUUUUCCAAUUUGAACAAGGAGUAACACCACACAAAUCACUAAGUUUACAUUUCAACUUCUGCGUCAUUUGACUAUAUUGAUAAAUUCUUUAAACUGUAUAACCUGCCACUAUUAUGUAAUUUGGUUUCACUUUGUUUACUGUGUGUGAAUUUAGUAUAUUUAAGUUACUUUUUGUUACGCUUUAAUAUACUGUUUGUUUAGUUACAGUUUUUAAUUGAAGAUGGACUGUUAAAAUUGUCUAGGACCAGUGUCUCCUUAAUAUGAUUAACAUAUUUAGAAGAGCCACAAGAAACCCGUGACAAAAUGAAUGUGAAUAUACUUUCUAAAAUGUUCAGAAAAUUCUAUCGUUUUGCAUUUAUCAUGUAAAAUUAUUUUAGUAUUACAACACUGAAAUUUAUUUUAAAAAUGCCAUGAAACAUUGGAACUGAUGAGCCACAGAACUUCAGCAGAAAACUUUUUUCACUUUUUAGCAUGCUUCAAUAUACAUCUGAGUUAAAUGUCCUGCUUAACGGCCAUUUAUAAAUUCAAACACUCUAGCGCUGGUCAGGUGUGUGUCCUAGAAGUGCGUUCCCCGCAGUGUGAGUACGACGGUCACGCCCCUUCCCGGAGGCGCGGGGCGCGGCGAGGCCCAGGCGACGGUUUUGUGACGCUCCACGUUUCUAGUCUGUUAUUCCUCACCUAUUAUGAAUGUUUGCAGACGCAAAAGAAUUGAAUUUUGUAAUCUGUAAGAUAAUGCUAACUUCUACAGGUAGGCAUUCUGAAUAAAAUUCUUAAAAACAGCGAA